UAAAAACUCAAUUAUUUUCCUGGUUUUGAACUUGGAAAUUUGUACUUUUUUGGGGGUAAAAAUUUGAUCUUGGUUUUAGUUGUUUGAGCUAAAAAUCCAAAUGUGUUUUUGAUAAAAAACCAUUUUUGUAUUUUGUAUUUUUUUUUUUGUUGCAAAGGUGUAAGUUGUUAGCUAUGGAGUCAAGAGAAAUUGUAACUACAAAUACUGCAACUGGUGGAGUUAAGGUGGUAGGAUCCGAUGCUCCAUCGGAUUAUCAUAUAGCUCCAAGGUCCGAAAACCCGACCCAAAACCCAACUCCCGGAUCCGCUCUACCGUCGCAGCCUCAACCACAGUCUGCAGCUCAACCCGUCCCACCACCGGUUUCGGUGGCGGGGAUGCCGUUGAAGAAAAAAAGAGGAAGGCCAAGAAAAUAUGGACCGGACGGUUCAGUCACUAUGGCACUCUCUCCAAAACCCAUAUCAACGGCAGCUCCGCCUCCGGUUAUAGACUUCUCAGCCGCGAAAAGAGGAAAAGUGAAGUCUCCGACGCCGGUUUCAAAAGCUAAGUUCGAGGUGGAAAAUAUAGGGGAAUGGGUUGCAUGCUCUGUUGGGGCUAAUUUUACGCCGCAUAUCAUCACAGUUAAUGCCGGUGAGGAUGUCACGAUGAAGAUUAUUUCGUUUUCUCAACAAGGGCCUCGAGCUAUAUGCAUUCUUUCUGCAAACGGGGUGAUCUCGAGUGUCACUCUUCGUCAACCUGAUUCUUCCGGGGGUACAUUGACAUAUGAGGGUCGUUUCGAGAUACUGUCCUUAUCCGGUUCUUUCAUGCCAAAUGACACUGGUGGAACAAGAAGCCGAUCCGGUGGAAUGAGUGUUUCAUUAGCAAGUCCAGACGGGCGUGUUGUAGGCGGUGGAGUUGCCGGUCUCCUAGUAGCUGCUGGCCCCGUGCAGGUCGUAGUAGGCAGUUUCCUCGCAGGGAACCAACACGAACAGAACCCCAAGAAACAGAAAUUUGAACCCGUAUCUGCUGCCACAGUGAUGGCCGCUAUUCCCAUUUCUUGUGCUGACCCAAAAUCAAACAUCUCCACAUCCUUCCGCGGCAACAACGAUACUUGGCCUACCAUGCCAUCAGAUACAACGAAUAAGCCUGCUGACAUUAACGUAUCGUUGCCCGGAAUCUAAUCUAAAAUUCCCUUACGUUCGAUACUGACAGCACUGGUAAUCCAAAGUACACAAUUGAUGAAAUAUCAUUCCCAGUCCCCACACAUUUGAUGUUGUUUUAUUUAUGUGUAAGCUCAUCGAUAAUUCUCACAGGUACCACCAGCAUGUUCAUUUUCAUUUUGGGUUUUUUUUUUUUUACCCUAUUUAUUUUCAAACAAUAGUUUUUAGUUAGUGAGCUGAUUAGAGAUAGGGGUUUCCGCCAUUGUUGUGUCAUGUAGAAUAUUUUUAAAUGUAAUGUUUUAUCAAAAGAAUUGGCCUUUUCUUGGAA